AUGACCCGACCCCUCAAACGCGAACCAGCCAUUAGUUCCCCUCCUGCUGGUGUUGGCAGCAGCAGCAGCAGUGUCAACAAUGGUGGAGCCGAAACGAGCGACAUGGACAGUCAAGAGGCCACUGAACGGAGACUUCUCCGUUCGCGUUACAGUGACGUGAAGAAGAUCAUUAUUGAUGAAAGAGAGGAUGUUGGAAGGGUUGAUUCUGAUAAGUUUAAUACCAUUAUCAAUCAAGUGGAGGACUUGCACAAAUUGGUGCAGAAACCUAGAGAACAAGUUGCUGAUGCAGAGGCUUUAUUGGAUAUAACAAACUCCUUGGUAGCCUCGGUUAAAGCACACGGAAAUGGAAUAACACCUUCGGAUUUCAUCAACUGUCUCCUUAGAGAGUUUGGCCGACAAGAUGGGCCUAGCACUAGUGCCGAGGGCAGCAAAAAUUCGGUUGCUUGGAAAGAUAUUGGAGUUGUUGUCUCACAUAUUUUCAGUAGUUGUCCUGGAUGCCACACCAUGGUUGGGCCAAUGGAUGCCGAGUUAAAGCAGUGGAAGGCUGUUGUUGGUAGAAGGCGUACAAGACCAACUGGAAGUGCUCGACCUGAAGAGGUCAAUGGCAGUGGUGCAAACGAGAGAACAGAUACUGACAAAAAUAUGGCAACUAUGUUUAGUAUUUUAAAGAAUAAAAGAAGUGUAAAGCUUGAAAAUUUGGUGUUGAAUAGAAAAUCCUUUUCACAGACAGUGGAGAAUUUGUUUGCUUUGUCAUUUCUAGUUAAAGAUGGACGGGCUGAAAUAAAAGUGAAUGAGAAUGGCUGGCAUCUUGUUUCUCCAAGGAAUGCACCUGAUGCUGGUAAAGUAGUCUCAAGGGAGGUAGCUUACCGGCACUUUGUCUUCAGAUUUGACUUCAAGGAUUGGAAGUUGAUGAUACCUACUGUUGAGGUGGGGAAGGAGCUAAUGCCAAAUAGGGAUCAAAUAAACAUGCCAACCGACAGUCAGUCAGAUCCAGUUGCUGUAGAAUCUCAAGGAGCAGGACCUACCACUCCCAUUCGGAAGUUCUCCAGGAACCGUGGCUUGGUUUUACAAGAGGAGACGGUUGUGGAAGACUCAUCUCCUGAAAGUGAGAAUACCCAUGUAAGGAUAGCUGCUAUUCGGAAAGGGAAGCGAAAAGUGAGAUGA